AUGCAUCAACCUCCGGGAUUUGCUGAUCCUACCCGUCCAGAUCAUGUCUGUCGACUACGUAGAUCUCUAUAUGGUCUCAAACAGGCGCCUCGGGCGUGGUUUCAACGGUUUGCGACUUUCAUCAUCAGUUGUGGUUUCCAGGGUAGUGUAUGUGAUCCAUCUUUAUUUAUAUAUCGGUCAGGACAGGACACUGCCUACUUAUUAUUGUAUGUUGAUGAUAUCAUACUCACUGCCUCCACUGAUGUUCUUCUCACCCGUUUUAUUGACAUGAUGAAACGAGAGUUCUGUAUGACUGAUCUUGGCUCAUUACAUCAUUUUUUGGGCAUUACUGCUACUCGGUCAUCUUUCGGGCUGUUUUUAUCUCAGUCACUCUAUACGAAGGACAUCAUUUCUCGUGCUUCCAUGACUGCCUGCAACCCAGUAGACACUCCGGUCGACACCAACUCCAAGCUUAGCACUACCUCUGGACCAGCUCUUAAGGAUGCUACCUUAUACCGAAGUUUGGCCGGGGAAUUACAGUAUCUUACUUUUACUCGACCGGAUAUAUCUUACGCGGUUCAACAGGUAUGUUUAUUCAUGCACGACCCUAGAGAACCUCACAUGCAGGCGCUUCGGCGUAUACUUCGGUACCUCCAGAGAACUAUCAAUCAUGGGUUGUUUGUAUCUGUAUCCACCAUUUAUGGCAUCCAUGCAUACUCCGAUGCUGAUUGGGAGGGCUGUCCUGAUUCACGGCGAUCAACCUAUGGUUUCUGCAUCUUUCUAGGUGACAACCUUGUUUCUUGGUCUUCCAAACGUCAGGAAACUGUCUCUCGCUCUAGUGCUGAAGCUGAAUAUCGGGGCGUGGCCAAUGCUGUGGCCGAGACAACUUGGAUCCGGAAUUUACUUCUUGAGCUACAUAUACCACUAUGA